AUGCGAGUCAGUGAUGAGGAUGUGCAGAAGACAACUUUUAGGACUCGCUAUGGUCACUAUGAGUUUGUGGUGAUGUCUUUUGGGCUCACCAAUGCUCCAGUCGCGUUCAUGGACCUCAUGAACCGCGUAUGCAGACCAAUGUUGGAUCGGUCUAUGAUAGUUCUCAUUGAUGAUAUCUUGGUCUAUUCCAAGACUCAAGAGCAACAUGAGGAGCAUCUGAGGGAGUUUCUGGGGCACCUUGUCAACCAGAAGGGUAUUCUGGUCGACCCGGCCAAGAUAGAGGUCGUGAUACAGUGGGAGGUUCCGAGGUCUCCAACUGAGAUUCAGAGUUUUCUUGAUCUAGCGGGUUAUUACCGGAGAUUCAUCCAAGAUUUCUCCAAGAUCGCUGUUCCUUUGACCUGA